AGUCACCUGUUUUCGCGGAGCGCGCGGCCGGGUGCGCGAUCAAUUUUUCACUGUAUAGCGCCACCACGUGGUCGAUGUUGAAAAGCGAGUUGAAUCAAGAUGGCGACUUCCACGACAGACACAAAUCCGUCCCAGCUCCUACCGUUAGAGCUUGUGGAUAAAUGCAUCGGAUCCCGUAUUCACAUCGUCAUGAAGAGUGACAAGGAAAUCGUUGGUACCCUGCUUGGAUUUGAUGACUUUGUCAACAUGGUAUUGGAAGAUGUUGUUGAGUUUGAAUUAACAGCGGAGGGUCGAAGAGUCACCAAACUGGACCAGAUUUUGCUGAAUGGAAACAACAUCACGAUGCUCAUUCCUGGAAGUGAAGGACCGGAGGUAUAGCACACAAUGGUGAUACAGGGAGAUCGAGAACAAGAGAUGUUUCAUUUUUGUGAAGUUGUACAAAUGUAGUCCUAAAAGGAUGUCCCUAUUACCUGAGGGAAGGGCUUGGGAGCUGUAGAUUGAUCGAACGUUUCGACUAUUGUUGACUUCAUUUUGGCAUUUUAUGGAAACCGCUUAAGAGCAGGGUCCAAUUUCAGGGCGCUGCUUAACAAUUAGCAAAAAAGUUGGGCUUUAAAUUAUAGCAGGAAAUUGUGCUAACCUUAAGCACUUUUUGAUGGCAUGGAUGUGCCAACAAUUGUGUGCACAUGGAAACUUCUAUCGUAAACUUGAGUGUGACUUUUGCAGUGCUUACUGCCUCCAUGAAAUAGACGGAGGCUCUGUUCACAGAAAAAUUGUGUGCUCAGCAGCGCCAUGAAAUUGGCCCAUGUUCUGAGGCGUUUGCCACCUUCCAUAAAAAUCAGUGAAGUCCAUUUAAAAUCUAGGAUUGCACCUGUUUCUUUGGCUUAUUUAUACAUAUUUUUACCCUUCCUACUCUGAUUCCAUGAAAUUCCACUUCAAGGUUUUGCAGGAUUUUGAUGGAGUCAGGUUCAUAGACCCUAGCCACUUUUACUUUACUUUAGCUCGGUCAUCUAUUAAUUUGUAGAAAGAAUGUGCCAUUGGUUUACUGCACAGUGUUUUAUUGAAGUAGAUUAAGGAAAACUUAUGAUGAAAAUUCCAAGGAAACUAAGGGUCGUUAAUUUAAUUCCUUUUAGGAAAGCUGACCGGCAUGUGGGUGUAUUGCUUGUGUAAGUUCAUGUUCUGUACACUCUAGUAAGUGUUUGCUUAAAGAAAGUAUUCUACAGGUAAAAAAAACCCCAGCUAUUUAAUUUCCCUCACAAAAAAUGAAAAACAGGAGUCUGGGUGAUUAUUCCAAUCUUGUAACCGAACUAUCAAAGUAAGUUACAGUAAGUUAAGAAUAUUUUGGAUGAUUUGUUCUCAUUGCAGUAAACUGGUGAAACAGGCAAAGGCCUUUGAAUUUGUAACCGCACCAUUCAUAAUUAAUGUCUUAUGGAAAGGUUCUAGGCAUCCAUAGAGCUUCAUUUAUUAACCUAGAGGCAUAAUUGCAGUACUUGAUCCAGUUUGAUAAAAGUGCAGGUGGACAAAAGAAAAGUAAGGUUCCAUGCAGCACUCAGUUUCCAUUUACAGUUGACUCUCGUUAGUACAAACACUGUUAAUACAAUUUCUGGUCAUAGCAAACAUAGAGCCUUGGUCCCAACUGUGUAUUUAUGUGCACAAUGAAUGGAACUGACGUUCCUCUUAAUACAAAAUUCUGAUAUAACAAACAAUUUGGCUAGGUACGAACGAGUUUGUAUUAACAAGAGUCGACUGUACUUUCUGCAUUACUAUCAAACUGGAUGCCUGUAGUAGAAGUCGGCACUCAAGGAAUUCAAUACAGCUCUAUGUAGGAUAUUACAAACAAUUUAUCUUACACCAUACCAAUGAGACACAUUACUGUAAUAUAUAUCUUAUUUAUUUGGCAAACUUGUGAUUGAAACAAUCAUUAACUUUGAUUUUCCAGAAACCUGAUUUUUUUAAAAUAAACUUUGAAGUAUCCUCCUGGAGUAAAUUAAACUUGAGAUUGACGUCAAUUGAAAUUUGCAUCUGGGUUCUGUUGAUUUGAACGUUGGGUUUGCCCUAUAUUAUUAAACUAGUGAAGGUCAAAACUCAAUAUUUUAAUAGACAUUGAUGUAAAAAAAAAUUGGAUUCUCUGAAAAUUUGCCUGCAGACUGUUAAUGCAUUGAUAUGUUUCAGAAUACACGUACAUUUGUUGCUCUUUCGAAGAAAAAAAAUGUGUUCAUUGUUUUUAGUUAAAAGUAUAACACAUGUAAACAUGUACUUGUAGAGACAAGAACUGAAAGCAUUAAAAGUUUUGAUAAAUCUUAGAAUUACA